AUGCAACUGCCGCCUCCACGACACCCAAACACCAAGUCAACCACCACCACGACGACGACCAUUCUUAUCACCGUUGCUCCGAAUCCCCCUACCCCACCGUCGUCGAUCACUGCCACCUUCAUCAUCUCUCCCUCAGUCACCACGGCGAUGAACCCAGCCACCCCUAUCACUCCCGCUACCAAUCAAAACGCUCCUGACGUCCCGUCAAACAUCAACGCUUUCACCAUCACCACCCCUAUCUCCAGUGAUUUGGACUCGGUCACAACCUGA